AUGCCAGAGCAAUCAUACACCGUCCUACCGGUCGCGGAAGAGGGUACCCAGGAAACGAAAACAAAUAUCAGCACAACAUCCCAGGCGACCUUCAAACUGGAAGGGGAGCCUGCCGCUCCCAUCCCUUUCCCCAGCGGGUAUCAGUUCCCACCAAAACACUCCUUUGCACAAUCGAUGAAGCUAGGAUGUCUAGCCUUCUGGAACUAUUUUCUGACGCCCUUGGGGUUCUUCGUCACCCUCUACGGCCUCAAUGUGGUAGCAUGGGGUGGAAUGCUCUUCCUUUUACUGUGCAACGCUGUACCAGUUAUGUGUCACCCAACAUGCGACGAUAUUAACUCGCCAAGGCGGAUAUGGACUGAAAUCGACUCGCAGAUUCUGAAUGCGCUCUUCUGCGUAACAGGCUUCGGACUCGCACCUUGGCGUUUUCGAGAUCUGUACUUUUUGCUACAGUACCGGUUGCUGCACAAGCCGGUAGCCCUACGUCGUCUUGCGGGUAUUCACAGAGGAUGGUUCAGGCUGGAGGGCUCCGCAGAUCUUCCUGUGAACUUGGGACCAACGAAUAUUGACGAGCAGCCGUCACAGGCAGUGCCUCGCUCGGCGAUUCCUUUCCCGGAGAAGACGAUUCCCGACACCCCUCUUACUGGAGUGCGGGCUCAGCCGACCAAGCUGUGGAAGCUCGACCUGGUCAUCUGGCUCAUGGUGUGGAACACGCUCCUUCAAUGCUGUCUCUGUGGCUUCAUGUGGGCCUUGAAUAGGUACGACCGACCCAGCUGGUCCACGGGCCUCUUCGUGGUGUUAGCCUGUAUUGCCGCAGCCAUUGGAGGCCUUAUAAUGUACCUUGAGGGGAACACAGUCAAGAGAGUCGAAGGUGUGCCGGUCAGUGAAAAGGACCGGGAGCGUGGCGUGUUGAACUGCAAUUAUAUCAAGGACGACCACUUGGAGUCUAAAAAGAGGAAAGAGGACGGAAAGAAGAGGAAAACCGAGCUGUGA